AUGUUGGAGAAAUCAUCAAUUAGACUACCGUUAUUGGUAGUAGGAUUGCUAUUUGUAGUUACAACAUUCAUUGCAUUGACAGAGGCAGUCGAUUCCAGUAAGUUCAAAACCUGUAACGACUUGUCAUUUUGUAAACGUAACCGAAGAGUCGACAUCACUGACGCUGCUCAGAUGUCGUUGUACAAACAUCAGAUCGUUGCCGAUUCCGUGCAACUCAAAGACGGCCGUCUCGUAGGUGAGAUUGUCGAGCAGGACGGCGAAGUCGAUCACGUGUUGAGCUUCGAGAUUCGCGCGAUUGCCAAUGGCAUCUUGCGUUUCCGUGUGCUCGAGAAGUCGCCACUCGCCAACAAGAAGCGUUAUCAAGUGCAGGACGUACUGCUUGACGACAUCAAUCCGUUCCAACUCGAUGUGUAUGUAGCCGGCGAGCUGGCAAUGUCAGCCAACUCGCGUGGACUCUUCCACUUUGAGCAUAUGCGUAAUAAACCACUGCCACCUCAGCCAAUUCCCAAUCCAAAUCCACCCGAAGGCGAGGAGCCACCCGCACCCCAACAGCCAGUCGUACCCGAGGGCAUGUGGGAAGAGCGUUUCCAGUCGCACCACGACUCGAAACCACACGGACCAAUGUCGAUUGGUAUGGACAUCAAAUUCGUUGGAUCGCAACACGUCUAUGGUAUUCCAGAGCACACCACCUCGCUCGCACUUCGUAACACUCGUGGCGAAGGAAUCAACGAGAAUCCAUACCGUCUUUACAAUCUCGAUGUCUUUGAGUAUGAACUCGACAAGACAAUGGCGUUGUACGGUGCCGUUCCACUUAUGAUCUCACACGACACCAAAAAGACAGUUGCACUGUUCUGGUUGAACGCAGCAGAGACAUUCAUCGACGUCUCCGACUCUAAGGACGACAAGAAUGUUCCAUCGAAAGACACCCACUGGAUAAGUGAGACCGGAGCAAUGGAUGUAUUCUUCCUUACCGGUCCAACACCAAUGGAAAUCUUCAAGCAAUAUGCUUCACUCACAGGUACAACUGCAUUGCCACAACUAUUCUCUUUAGGUUAUCAUCAAUGUCGUUGGAAUUAUAAGGAUGAAAAUGAUGUUAAACAAGUAGAUGAAGGAUUCGAUAGUAAUAAUAUUCCAUACGAUGUAAUUUGGUUGGAUAUCGAACAUACCGAUGGAAAGAGAUAUUUCACUUGGGAUAAAGCCAACUUCCCAACACCAGAUGCCAUGCAAAAGUCGAUCGCAAUCAAGCACAGAAAGAUGGUUACCAUUAUCGAUCCACAUAUCAAGCGUGACAACAACUACUACAUUCACUCACAGGCCACCAGUAACAAUCACUACGUCAAGAAGGCCGACGGCGUUUCCGACUACGAAGGUUGGUGUUGGCCAGGCAGUUCAUCAUACCUCGACUUUACCAAUCCGGUCGUUCGUAAUUGGUGGGCCGAACAGUUUGCCUACGAUAAGUACAUUGGCUCCACACCAACACUUUACGUUUGGAACGAUAUGAAUGAGCCAUCGGUAUUCGACGGUCCAGAGGUUUCGAUGCACAAAGAUGCACUUCACCACGGUUCCGUUGAGCAUCGUGACCUCCACAAUAUGUACGGUUAUUACUAUCACAUGGCAACUGCCGAUGGUUUGGUCAAGCGUAAUUCCGACCAAAACGAUCGUCCAUUCGUUUUGUCACGUGCUUUCUUUGCCGGUUCACAGAGAAUCGGUGCCAUCUGGACCGGUGACAACGCCGCCCAGUGGAGUCAUCUCAAGGUCGCCAACCCAAUGCUACUGUCACUCGGUCUCGCCGGUAUUACAUUCAGUGGUGCAGACGUCGGUGGUUUCUUUGGAAAUCCAGACGGUGAGUUGAUGGCUCGUUGGUAUCAAGCCGGUGCAUUCCAGCCAUUCUUCCGUGGCCACGCACAUCUCGACGCCAAGCGUCGUGAACCCUGGUUGUUUGGCGAGCCAUAUCUCUCGGUGAUGAGAUCGGCUAUCCAACAGCGUUAUUCAUUCCUCCCAUUGUGGUACACAAUCUUCUAUCAGAACACACUGAACGGAGCACCCACUAUGCGUCCUCUCUGGGUAGAGUUCCCCUCGGACGCCAACCUCUUUGCAGUCGAGAGCGAAUACAUGAUUGGAAGCGCACUCCUCGUUCACCCAGUCGUCGAACAAGGUCAGAAACAAGUUAAAGUUAUCCUACCGGGUGAUGCCGCCAAGCAACAGUGGUUCGACAUCGACACCAACAAGAUGUACAAGCCAGGCCAGUACGACGUCGAUACUCCACUCCAGAAGAUCCCAGUCUACCAGAGAGGUGGAUCGAUCGUCGCCAAGAAGGAGCGUCUCCGUCGUUCCUCCUACCAGAUGCGUGACGACCCAUACACCCUCAAGGUUGCACUCAACACCGAUCAAGUCGCCACCGGUGAAUUGUUUAUGGACGACGAACACAGCUUCAACUACAAGAAAGGACAAUACCAAUACCGUCAGUUCCGUUAUGAAAACGGUCAACUUACAUCGAAAUCAUUGGACACCAAAGGAACCUUCAAACCAGUCAAUACCGUCGAGAGAAUCGUUGUUCUCGGUAUCAACAACAAACCAUCGGCCAUCAGCUACGCCGACAAACCACUGCAAUUCGAAUACGACAAAUCACUAUCAUCCGUUGUCAUCAGAAAACCAGAUCUUCCAAUUUCAUCUGAUUGGACCAUCAAUUUUAAAUUUUAA